AUCAGGAGAAGGGAUGGGAGAACCUGAUUUUUGUUGGCUUCAGCUGUGAGGUGCAUAUCUCUGCUUUAAAUUCUGGUGCACUGACUUCUUGGAAUCCCACUCUCUUGGCAGAAUGAAGGCUAUGGGGCUGGGGAGUGUAGUGGCUCUCAUUCUGUGUCUUGGCUCAGGAAUCCAGGCGGUAACGCGUUAUCAGGAUGUGAUGGUUCUUGGAAGCCGGUCUGGCCAUACGGGAAAUCAUAACCAGAUUCGUGGCUGGUCUCCUGGCAGUAACUCUUGGGAUGAGAUGCUCUAUCCUGCCUGGAAAGCUGGAGAUUCCAGAUGGGAGAACUGCUGGAAAGGUGGAAAGGUGGUGGCUCUCUUGACCAGUAACAGCCCAGCGCUGAUAGGGUCAAAUGUUACCUUUGCUGUGACACUACAGUUUCCCAGAUGCCAGAGAGCUAAUGAUGAUGGGGACAUAGUGUAUGACAGAAGAUGCAGAAAUGAUACCGCCAACUACCAAGACCAAUAUGUAUAUAACUGGACAAAGUGGGUAGAUUACUGUGAUCAAGGGAACUGCAGCUUUAUCAGCAAGUUUCCAGAUGGCCGACCUUUCCCACAACGUCAUGACUGGAGAAGGAGGAACUUUGUUUACGUUUUCCAUACACUGGGUCAGUACUACCAACAACUCGGAGGACCAUGGACAACUCUGUCCCUUAAUACUACAAAUAUCACAGCUGGUACGCAGAUGAUGGAAGUGUCUGUCUAUAGAAGAGGGCACAGAAGAUGUUAUCCAGUUGCUAAAGCAAGUGACAUUUACGUUGUGACAGAUGAAAUUCCUUUCUAUGUGAACAUUUCUCAGAAGAAUGACCGCAGCUCAUCAGACAAGAUCUUCAUUAAGGAUUCUCCUAUUAAAUUUGAUGUCCAGCUUCACGAUCCUAGCCAUUACCUUGAUGAUGCAGUGGUGACCUUCAAUUGGAGCUUUGGUGAUGGAAAUGGGUCUCUCAUUUCUAAUGAUCCAGAUAUAAAACAUACAUAUAACGUACUUGGAAAUUACAGCCUUAAACUAACUGUGAAAGCAGCCAUUCCUGGACCCUGUAAUCCUGUCACGCCUACUCCGCUUGUACCCACAACACACUCUACUUCCACUGCCCACACAACAAGCAACAGCACUAGUAAUGGUACAGAGUUUCCUCCUGCAGACACUACAUUUCCAUUCACCACUGAAGGUCCCAAUCUGACAACUUACUCUACUCUAACUACUACGCCAGUGCCAACAGAAGCUCCUGGAUGCUUCAUCUACAGAUAUGGGCAUUACGAAACAAAUCUUACCAUUGUAGAUGGUAUUCUUGAUGUGAACAUCAUUCAGAUGACUGAUGUUCAAGUAUCGGCAUCUCUAGCACAAGAUUCUUUCAUAGACUUUGUUGUGUCCUGCCAAGGAAGUUUACCUAAAGAUGCCUGCACAGUUAUUUCAGACUACACGUGCAUGGUGCCGCAGGGCAUGGUCUGUGAUAAGGUAAAUGCUUCAGACCAGUGCUUGGUGACCCUCCGACGAUCAUUUGCUGAACCAGGAACCUACUGUGUAAAUAUCACACUGAGAGAUGAUGCAAGUGUGGCUCUUGCAAGCACCUUGGUAUCUGUAAAUGGAUUCAGACCACAAAGAAACAUAGAGGCAAUUCUUAUUCCUCUAGGCUUGGUUGUCAUUGUAGCAGCAGUAAUUGGUGCCAUUCUCUUCAAGAAAUACAAGGAAUACAAACCAAUUGGGAACGCUGCAGAUCAACAUGCUGAUGAAGGAAUACGUGUGUACUUCAAUCAAAUUAAAUCUGGUCUCUUUAAGGAAAACGCUGAGAAUGACCCUCUCCUGAAAAACAAAGCUAGGAUUAUAUAAUGUCUGUCCUGGUAUACCUGUGCUAAAGUAAAACUACUGAAGGUGUCAGUCUGGAUUGUGUGCGGUUUUAUUAAAGUGACUUUUCUUUAAAUCAUA